CACGUGAUACAUGGGAGAUUACGGGUGAUACCACCCUAGAUAUGAUCAUAAGUAAACACACACAGGCGUUGGCUACAUAUCGUUUAUCAUUUAACAGGUUGGGUCAUGACCACCGUUAUACAUUGUGGACCAUGUUUGUACGAUGAAACCCAUCAGAAUGCUAAAAAAUGGUGUACCAGUUGUGAAGAGGGUUUAUGUGAAGAGUGUGAGAAAAAUCACAGGAAAACCAAAACGACAAGGGACCAUAAACUUAUCUCGACUGACGAUUAUCGGAAGAUAAAAGACGUUCCAAUCUCUCUCACCUGCAGCCUCCAUGACAAGAAACUAGAGUGGUUUUGUAAAUUUCACGACAAAACUCUUUGUGUGAUAUGUUUGCCGACUGAACACGGAUCUUGUUCCGAUGUCAUACCAAUAGAUGUUGCUGCUACAAAUGCAAGACAAUCCACCGCUUUAUCCGACUUACAGGAGGCAAUCGAAAUAGCAUUGCUUAAUAUAAAACUUUGCAUCAAUAAUAGAAAUACUGCCAGGGAGGAUAUUGAAAAGCAAGAGAAAGAUAUAAGAAGAAUUAUCCGAGAUACGAGAACAAAAAUAAAUGAUCAUUUAGACAAGAUGGAAGAAAAAUUAAAUCAAACAUUGGUAUUAGCAUCAAAAACAUGCAAAUCGAAAUGUAAUAAGUUUCUACAACAGUUUCAUUCACACGAGGAAACGUUUAUCAAAUUAAAAGAUCAAGUAUUGCAGAUGAAAGAGUUUGCCUCCGAUCUACAAGUAUUUCUUGGAACACGUCAAAUUGACAAAUUGGGUAUGAGUGAAAUAGAAUCAUGUAAAACUGCAACUGUUUAUAUCCACGAUUACAAAUUCAACCUGGUUCUUAACAGUGAUAUUCAGAAAUUAUCAAAUGGCGUAGUCAAAGAGUUUGGAGAAAUUCAAGUCGCUGAACAUGCCUCGAAUUUAUACAUAAAAGAGGUAAAAAUAGAGCAGGCUCAAAUACAGCAAAAGGUUCAACCCUCGGGUAAUGUCGCUGACAUAAACCUCCAACUAAUAAGAAAGGUCGAUAUCAAAAGAGGACAUGAUUUGUCGAUUUCAGGUUGUGCGAUAUUGCCUAACGGGCAUCUAUUGUUUGCCACCUUCCAAAAAAACAGAAACAUAUUGGAAUACAACGAAGAAGGUAACUACAUUGGCAGUAUUCAAGUUUCUGCUGAUCCGUAUGAUAUCACAGUGCUAGAUUUGGAUCGCAUUGCAAUCUCAUACGGAGGUAACGGAUUCUUUGAAAUAUUUAACUAUCGCAAUAAUAGGGUUGAAAAAAAGAUAGAGACAGGAGGCCAUUGUGGGGGAUUGAGUCAGUCAAAUGGUAAAAUUUACGUAAAACUUGAUCAAGUUGCCGUUUUUGACAUUACGGGAGAGAAACUAUGUGAUAUGGCUUCAGAAGGCAGACUUUAUAUAUCUGCAUCUAAAAACUAUCUAUUCUGUUCAAGUUAUUCAAAUUCCAAUGUAUUUUGUUAUGAUAUGAAUGGACAAGAAGUAUGGAAGUUUCAGGAUGAUUCUUUGGGGUUUCCGUACGGCGUAGCAAAUGAUUGUUGGGGUAACGUUUUCGUUGUUGGUGGUACAUCUAAAAACCUGAUACUUAUACAACAUGACGGGAAAGCAUAUAAAAAACUGUUUAAUUUUGAUAGGUAUUCAACUCCGCGUGUGGUAUGCUAUGAUAAGGACAAAAAUUCCCUCCUGAUCUGUGAUCAAUACGGUGAUCAUUGUGCCUUGUAUAAAGUAUUGUACAAUUAACUAACCAUUUUCAAACUACAAAUGGUACAGCAAAAUGUCCUCUUUGAAAUGAUACCAUAAUUAUCAUUAGGCUUCUGAUUAAAUGUUUAUAACUAUCCACCAAAUUAAGUUAUGUGAAUGUAAGCAACUGAUUAUGUAUUUUCAUUUUCAUUUAUAAAAUGAAACUUUAUGAUUCGUUGAAGCAAAUUAUUUGAAAGCUGGAAUUUGAUCGACUGUCAUACUUAUUACCGUGUAUUUCGUAUGAAAACCAUAGAGGCACAUUAUAUUUACUUCGAAUUAGUUGAGUUGCAUUAAAGCCUUAAGGGUUA